CAGCAUGUGGGAACGUCGGACGAGAGAGGCGUGGCAGUGUCCACAGGCAGCUCUGGCUGCGGUGGGGCCGCGGCCAGUGCGGUCGUAUGGCCUGGGGCCAGCUUCCUCAGCGGCCCGCUGGCCUCCAGGCUCGCCCCCGCCGGCCCGCGUCCGCCCCGGCGCCCCACCCCUCGGCCUCGCAGCGGACGCUCUGCGGACCCGCGAAGACAGAUAUGGCCUCCCCCAGCGCACUGUUCGGGCCAGCCACGUGUUGCCAAAACAAAGGGGAUUUGGCGAUGGAGGCUUUGUUGGAAGGAAUACAAAAUCGGGGACAUGAUGGGGGAUUUUUGACAUCCUGUGAAGCAGAACUACAGGAGCUCAUGAAACAGAUUGACAUAAUGGUAGCUCAUAAAAAAUCUGCGUGGGAAGGACAGACACAUGUUCUAGAAACUUGCUUGGACAACCGUGAACGGGAACUUAAGGCUCUCAGGAGUCAGGUUGGAAUGUUGCGUCAGCAGGUUGAAGAACAUGAAAAAGUCAAGCAAGAGAUGGCCAUAGAGUAUAAGCUGGAGUUAAAGAACCUACAUGAAGAAUUAGGCAGACUGAAGAGAAGCUAUGAAAAGCUACAGAGAAAACAUGUAAGAGACUUCAGAGGAAAUGCCAGAAAUCACAGGGAAGAUCGGUCUGAAAUUGAGAGAUUAACUGGAAAAAUAGAGGAAUUUCGUCAGAAAUCACUGGACUGGGAGAAGCAGCGCUUGAUUUAUCAGCAACAGGUAUCUUCUCUGGAGGCUCAAAGGAAGGCUCUGGCUGAACAAUCAGAGAUAAUUCAGGCUCAGCUUGCCAAUCGGAAACAAAAAUUAGAGUCUGUGGAGCUGUCCAGCCAAUCGGAAAUUCAGCACCUGAGCAGUAAGCUGGAGCGGGCCAAUGACACCAUCUGUGCCAAUGAGUUGGAAAUAGAGCGCCUCACCAUGAGGGUCAAUGACUUGGUUGGAACCAAUAUGACUAUUAUGCAAGACCAGCAGCAAAAAGAAGAAAAAUUGAGGGAAUCUGAAAAACUGUUAGAGGUUCUGCAAGAAGAAAAGAGAGAAUUGAAGGCAGCUCUUCAGACUCAAGAAAAUUUCAUGUGUGAGACAAGAAUACAAAAGGAGAAGCUACAAGCAAAAUUAAAGGCAACUGACACUCAACACACAGUAGAGACCAUAAGGUCACUGGAGGAGUCUCAGGCAGAAAGGAGGUAUGCCUCUCAAGGGCAGGGAGACUUAGAGAAUGUGCUCUCCCGACUGGAUUUUACCCACACUAGUGAAGAACUUCUGCAGGCAGAAGUGACUCGUCUGGAAGUCAGCUUGGAAUCUGUGAGUACGACAUGUAAACAGCUGAGCCAAGAGCUAAUGGAAAAAUAUGAAGAACUAAAGAAGAUGGAAGUGCAUAACAAUGAGUACAGGGCAGAGAUUAAGAAGUUGAAAGAACAGAUUUUGCAGGCUGAACAGAGUUACAGUUCUGUACUAGAGGGAAUGAAGAUGGAGAUCUCCCAGCUAACUCGAGAGUUACAUCAGCGAGAUAUCACUAUUGCUUCCACCAAAAGUUCUUCCUCUGACAUGGAGAAGCAACUCAAAGCAGAGAUGCAAAAGGCAGAAGAAAAAGCAGUAGAGCACAAGGAGAUUUUGGCUCAGUUGGAGUCACUCAAGUUAGAAAAUCAUCGUCUUUCUGAAAUGGUGAUGAAAUUGGAAUUGGGUUUACAUGAGGCAAAAGAGGUUUCACUAGCAGACCUCCAGGAGAAUUAUACUGAGGCAUUAAAUAAAUUAGUGUCUGAAAAUCAACAACUACAGAAAGAUUUGAUGGAUACCAAAGCUCAGCUGGAGAUUUCUACUCAGAUUUACAAAAAAAACCAGGACAGGAUCUUUAAACCAACACACAGCAGAGUACCUGAGUUCAAGAACAUGGAGUUCAAGCCAGCCAGUGGCCAGCGCAAGCAUGAUGGGAUGGAGGCUGAGCACUACAAAGCAGGUCUUCAUUCUACGCAAGGACAAGCGUUGGAUAGCGUAGAGGCUGUGUCCUGGGGCCUCACCCCGCCGAGUCAUCAGAUCAGCCCUUGCUGCUCCACCAUCUCUCUGCCUUCUAACUUUCUGUGCAAAACUGACUCUUUGCCUUCAGUGCUAGAUACAAAUGAAACCAAUUUUUCUGACACUGUCUCUGAAAGUAUAAAUGACCAAGAAGACUUUAUAUAUUCGCGCCCCUUGCCUCUGUCUCCUCUUGGUUCAAUAGCCACAAGAUUUUUGGAAGAGGAGGAACUGAGGUCUCAUCACAUUCUAGAGCGCCUGGAUGCGCAUAUUGAAGAACUAAAAAGAGAGAGUGAAAAGACAGUGAAACAAUUCACAGCCCUAAAGUAGCCUCUUAAAAAAUCACAAACUUGGAAAUAAAAAUAAACACCGAAGAGUUACUGUCAUCGUGAAGUAGCGGCUCUUUGAAAGGCCAAACAUACAGACACCAUAAAGAUGAGAUGUACUAAUAAAGCUGCCAUGAGGAGUCUGAGAAACUGAUAUUAGCUCUAAGGUGUUUUCACUGCACUGGUUUGUUCGAAGGACUUUUUCCAGCAAUAACUUGUAAAUAAACCACUUUGCUAGACUUUUUCUCAUGUUAAUAUUUAUUAUCGUAAAGUGAUACUUUCUCAUGCUGACUUAAAUGUGAAUAGCUGUAGACUAACUAAAGAUUUUAUGAUUCGUGUUGAAAAUAAAGUAACUAUAGGAACUUC